GGUUAGGAUUAGGAAGCAGAGAGAGAGGUUGAACCUCGGGGGGCAGACCAGAACCAGAAGUCUGCAACAUCAAAAAAACUCCAUUAAAAACCUUAAUCUCCAUUCCCUGCUUUCUACCCAACAAAAACAGACAACGGAAAAAGAUAAGACGGAAUCCAAGAAAAAGUACACACAAAGCAAUACAAUAACAAUAACAAACAAAUAUCCAUUUCCUUGCACUCAAAACCGUUUUUGCGCACAAUUCUCACUUCAAUUCAAUUCAAACAAACAAACCAAACGUAAUCUUUCCGGCCUUGCUUGAUUCUUCCCACUUUUCCGUUUUCCCCCUUGAUCGUUUCUUCCUUUUGUUCCUUAAUCAUGGCGGAUCUGUACGGAACUUCCCCUUCUUCGGAUGUUGGUCUCCCCCAUGACCCGGAAGAUUUCUCUUCCUUAAUCAAUCAACACCUUCUCACCGCUUCUUCUGCUUCCUCUCCUGCUUCUUGCGUCUCCUUCAAGAACCGGUUCAUGCCGUUGUUGCAUUCUCAACCUCCUUGGCACCCUUCGUCUCUGUUUUCGCGGCGGCCGGAGCCUGCCGCAGGAGUGUCCUGCAUGCUGGACUUUCCGGAGGAUCGGCUUCAGUCGAGUCGUGUUUUGAACCACGCCUUCUCGGAUUGUAGUGUUGGGGAUGUGAGAUUUGCCGAUGGUUCGUAUGUGGCUGUGAACUCCACUUGCGGCGGCGGAAAACUGUCGGAUCCUGGGGAUCUCGUCAGUAUUGUCGCCAAGGAAAGUUCAGACAACGCGUUUUCUUCCUCCGGCGCUGUCGAUUCUGAUUCUAAUGCGCCGUUGAAGAGAAGGGGACUUUCAUCGGAAAAUGAUCUUGGUGACUUCAGUUGCGAUAGCGAGGGCGGCGAUGUGCCGGAUGUUCCGUCCAGUACUGAUCUGCCUCGAAGCUCCUCGAAGCGAAGUAGAAGCGCUGAGGUUCAUAAUAUGUCGGAGAAGAGACGACGAAGAAGGAUCAAUGAGAAAAUGAAAGCCCUUCAGAACCUAAUUCCGAAUUCGAACAAGACGGACAAGGCUUCAAUGCUGGACGAAGCAAUUGAGUAUUUGAAGCAGCUUCAACUUCAAGUGCAGAUGUUAUCAAUGAGAAAUGGCUUGAGUUUGCAACCAAUGUGCCUACCAGGAAUGCUGCAGCCAAUUCCACUACCUCAGAUGGGGUUGGACUUUGAUGUAGGAAAUGCAUUUCUAACAUCCAGAAAAGGCAUAGACGCGUCAUCUUCGGGGAAUGAAGGGUGUCCCCUGCAAUCUACAUUCAAUCUUUCCAACAAAUGUAGCAUUUCAGAUCAGUCGAUAGCCAUCCCUUCUGUACCAAAUACCACAACUUCAGAAACCACAUUCGGGUUUGAACCUGCAAUACAGGCUUACGAUGGACAAUUUGAUCUCUCUGCCAAUUUCAAGGAUGCUCGACCAACAACGCAAUUAGAUUGUGCCAGGACAGGGAAGGACUCAGCAGACGCAUCUUAGUGCAGUCCUGUGCAGGAUGCUGCUCACUAGAGUAUGGCCUUUCUAAUGAAGCAAUUCCUUUACUUCCCUGUGGAUUUUCAACUACAAACAUUACAUAGAAACUGCAUAAAGUUCUACUUCCACACUUACCAAAAAUCUAUUCUAGAAUAGUUUAACAUAAUCUUGAUAUUAAACCUUUGACUCUAUAUUUUUAAGAACCAUAUCUUCAAGUAUCAAAUAGGCAACAUAGAAAUGAGCACAAAUCUACAUCUUCUGCUUUAUCCGAAAAGAAAGGUGAUAGAAGCUGCCAAAUAUUUUUGGGGAGAGCGAAAAUGGUGGUCCGAACUCCUUGCCAAUGAUAAUAUCUGGCAUCUGCACAGUGAUGUGGAGUAGAGCAUUAUUUUGCCUUGUAUUGCUGUCAACAAAAGAAACAAGAGAAAUGCUGGCUCUUUGGCAGGAUAUUUUUAGAUAAAUAUCCUUCAUAUUAUAUGAAAAUUCCAUUUAACUUUGUUCUCA